CUGGCGUCAUCAGUGUGCGACGCGGCGUGCAGGACUGUGAAGGACGCCGACGAGAAGCUGGAGAUGAAUAAGUGAAACACAAAGGAGACAGGAGGACGUUGUCAUGGCGAUGUCGUGUCUCACUCGAGCUCUGCGUUCACUGACGUUGUCCCAGCAUGCUGUGCUCUCACCACAGGCAGCGUCGCGGUUGGAGCUGGGAGCCCUGGCGACUCAGUGCAGAGGCUUCCUCACCUCAGCGUCUCUGGAGCAGAACAAGACAUUUUGGAAGCAGAGGGAGAAAUACACCAUCAGACCAAUAGGGAAGAAAAAGACAGGAGGCCGAGACAGCUCAGGAAGGGUACGGACACACGGAAUCGGCGGCGGCCAUAAACAAAGAUACCGGUGGGUCGACUUCCAGCGCCUCCGCUUCGAACCGGGCAAAGAGGCCCAGACGUUCGAGGAGAAGGUCGUGGAGGUGCGGUACGACCCAUGCAGGUCUGCUGACAUUGCACUGGUCGCCGGAGGAAACCGUAAGAGGUGGAUCGUCGCUACAGAGAACAUGCAGGCCGGAGACGUCAUUAAAACAUCGGGAGCUAUCGGACGCAUGGCGGUCCUGGCCAAUGAAGGUGAUGCCCACCCACUGGGAGCUCUGCCUGUGGGGACUCUGGUGAACAACCUGGAGAUUCAACCAGGGAAAGGAUCAGAGUACAUUCGUGCUGCAGGGACGAGUGGCGUUCUGCUUCGUAAAGUGAACGGAACUGCAAUCGUUCAGCUUCCUUCCAAGCAGCAGGUUCAGGUUCUGGAGACCUGCAUGGUGACGGUGGGACGCGUGUCCAACAUCGACCACAACAAAGAGAUCAUCGGCAAAGCAGGUCGCAAUCGCUGGUUCGGCGUUCGCCCUUCGAGCGGCUUGUGGCAGAGGAAGGGAGGCUGGGCCGGACGCAAGAUCAAACCGCUACCCGCCAUGAAGAGUUACAUCAACCUGCCGUCCUUCACCGCUAAAUGAUAGGAGUCGGGAAAUAUAUGUGGGACUGAACGUCUUCUUCUUGUGAUGUUAUUUUGUUCUGGACAUUUAAAUUAAAUCAGAAAAUAUGAAUAAAGACAAACUGUUUGUACAGA